CUCUCACAAGACCAGCUGUGCCUUGUUAUUGUUGGCAAUGAAGUUUGAUUUUUAGCGGUUUUGUAGAUAAUUGCUGAGUUCGGUGUUUGUAAAUAGCAGUAGCCAUGACUUUUGAGAUCCCCUGCGCAUAGUGGCGGGGUUAACUGAGUGCAUUUCAGUGAGUCCGCCGGCACAUAGACGUGUUGUCUUCCUGUUUUGUUGACGAUUGCACCACCUCAGAGAACAUCCUUGAACUUGUGUGUGUGAUCUGCUGCGGCAGGACGCCAGACUACUUUCAGUUGGGACCACGGUCGGAGCUCGCAGCACAUGGUGCAGCGUUGUUGAGACUAUUUCUUUACUGGGGUAACCAGUCGGAAGAGGCGCAUUCUCCUUGGGUGACCGCUUGUGUUUUGUAUUGUUGGGACAGGUUUGUAGCGGCGACCUAUGCUAUAACGCGUGGUGCUAUAGACGUCGUCCACAAUGCAUACGUUGAAAGUCCCCUUGCUAGGCUUCGCUAGUCUCUUCCUCCUGUUGACAUUAAUCUACCGGGGCUCAUCGGUUCCACUGCAAGAAACAGACGAUGGCCAGUUGAGGUUUGUAGAGGAUCGCUUGGGCCGCUUUGGUUUUGGGCUUCACUGGCCCAACUUCACAUGUGGUGCGUGCAAAGCGAUUUUCACCGUCGUGGAGCUCGCCUUAUUGAGUGACACGAAUAAAGACCGAGUAGCUAAAGUGGUGGGCAACGCCUGCGUCCGCCUCCACCUGGCGGACGAGCACGUGUGCCGAGACAUCACCCAGCUCUUCAGCGACGAGGUCAUCACCACCCUGCAGAAGUCCCUGCUGCGGCCCAAGGAGAUCUGUGCCGUCCUGGUGGGCCCCACGUGCGGCCACUUCGACAUCUACGCCCCGUGGAACGUCACCCUGCCCCGCGUCCCCAAGCCGCCCGUCCGGCCGCCCGUGCCCCCCAAGCCCGGCUCGCCCCAGAGCCGCGUGCUCUUCCUCACGGACAUCCACUGGGACCGGGAGUACGCCACGGGCAGCAGCGCAGACUGCAAGGACCCUCUGUGCUGCCGCAACAGCUCCGGUGAGCCCGGCUGGAGCAAGCGCGCGGCCGGCUACUGGGGCACCUACAGCAAGUGCGACCUGCCCCUGCGCACCGUGGAGAACCUGCUGGCCUACGCCGCCAAGGACGGGCCCUGGGACUGGGCGUACUGGACGGGCGACAUCCCCGCCCACAACGUGUGGUCGCAGACGCGCCAGGAGCAGCUGAACGAGCUGCGCACGGUCUCGCAGGCCAUCCUGAAGCACCUGGGCCCCGGCAUCCCCGUCUACCCGUCCGUGGGGAACCACGAGAGCACGCCCGUCAACAGCUUCCCCCCGCCCUUCAUCCACGGAAACCGCUCCUCCAAAUGGCUCUACGACACCAUGGCCGAGGAGUGGUCCGCGUGGCUGCCCGAGCAGGCUCUGGCAACCAUCAGGGAAGCCGGCUACUACACGCUGCAGAUCCAGCCGGGGUUGAGGCUGGUGUCUCUCAACAUGAACUUCUGCGCCCGCGAAAACUUCUGGCUGAUGGUCAACUCCACAGACCCUGCCAACCAGCUGCAGUGGCUGGUCGGCAUCCUCCAGGACGCUGAAAACAAGGGCGACAAGGUUCAUAUCAUUGGUCACAUCCCUCCUGGCCUUUGCCUAGCCAGUUGGAGCUGGAACUAUUACCACAUUGUCAACAGGUAUGAAGGCACAAUCACAGGACAGUUUUUUGGUCACACGCAUGUUGACGAGUUCCAGGUGUUUUAUGACGAAGAGACUGGGAAGAGGCCACUAAGUGUGGCCUACAUUGCUCCCAGCGUCACCACCUACAUCGAUCUCAACCCAGGCUAUCGUGUGUACUAUGUGGAUGGCAACUAUCCUGGAAGUUCCCGUUUCGUGCUGGACCACGAGACGUACAUCCUGAACCUCACCCAGGUUAACCACCACCCCAACGAGUCCCUCCCGGGCUCCUCCUCCGCUACGCUGGGCCCCGACCCCAACCCCAAAUGGACGCUGCUGUACCGGGCCUCCAAGGCCUACGGUCUGCCCAGCCUCUUCCCCACGGACUGGGACAACCUGUUGCAGACCUUCCUGAGUAAGGAGCAGGUCUUCCAGACGUUCUGGUACCUGCAUCACAAAGGCCACUUGUCCAAGCCCUGCGUGGACCUCUGCAAGAUGGAGAUGGUCUGCUUCCUGCGCAGCGCCCGAUACGAGGACCUGGCGCGCUGUGGAACUGGUGUCGGUUCCGUACGCAAGACGCUGUGUUGACCGGUUGGGAGGUUGGCGAUCAGUAUUUUUGACCGUUUGGGUUGAAAAAGGUUAAAAGCGCUUGUGUUGACUGAUGUGGAAUUGCUUUUCAUGAACUAAGUCACUUCUCUGUCUUCUUCUUUGCUGGCGAGGUGUGUGGUGUGGCACUGGAAAAAAAAUGUGGGUGAAUAAAUGAAAAUGUGUAUGAAAAUGAA